AUGGUACAAUUUUGUCGAGAAUCCUGCUCUAGUCGUCCCGAAAACCAAGUCACCCUUGAUCACGACGCUUUCCAAGUCUUUCAAAUCAUCUCGUCUGCAGCGGAGCCUUCUUUUUCAGACGAAGAGAAUGUGAAAUCGGUCUACUACCCAGAAGUGGAGAAGCUGAUUCUUGAAAAAGUCCCUGGCGCACAUCGUGUUUUCAUCUUUGAUCACACAAUUCGCCGCACCAACCCAGGCGCUGAACGUGCACCUGUCUUCAGAGCGCAUAUAGACCAGACUCCUGCCGUAGCUGUGGAACGGGUUGGACACUACCUCCCAGAGGAAGCGGAGCAGUCGCUCAGCGCUCAUUAUCGAAUUACCAACGUAUGGCGAGCAUUAAAUGAGCUAGUUCAAGUCACUCCUCUCACCUUUGCAGCGGCAACUUCAGUGCGCGACGAGGAUAUAGUAGGCAUUGAACAUCGGUAA